CUAUUUUUUCUAAACAAACUUACAUGCAUGCAUGAUAAUUGAUAAGGUAAAAGUAAACUUUCCUCACAGUAUAUAUUUUUAUAAAAAAAAAGAAAAAAAAUCUAUUCAUAUGUUAGAAGAUAUUAUAACUUUUUUUUUUCUUUUUCAAAUCUACAUAUUGUCCUUUACAAUUUAAUUUUCACCCUUUUUUUUUGGUGGGUAAGGCUGACAAGAGCAGUUAAGUAAGUCUUAUGUAAGGAAAGACAUUUGAUAAAUUUCAUGGUUGAAAUGUUUAAAAGUACAAUACACAAGAUCAUCCCUCCCGACACUACUACUACAGUUAUACUAACUAAAAAGUCUUAAAUUUCCAUAUCCAGAAAGCCAACCCUACACCUGACACCCUUAACCCCAGUUAUAAUUAACUUAACCAUGGUUCAAUUCCACUAUUAACUCCACAACAAACCAAAAAAAAUACUUCUGUAGCUUGCCACUCUUGUCUCUCUGAAUUUCUCUCUCUAAAACUUGAGAUUCUCUUCUCUCUCCUCUUCUUUUUAUUUUAUGGUUCUUCAAGAAAAACAUUGGUGAAAAAAAAAAAGAGAUCUUUCAGAGCUCGCACGAGGGUCUUCUUUCAUGGUUUCUGCCAAAAAAUAAUCCCAAACAUCAUUAUCAUCAGGAGAAGAGAUCAUAUAGAAAAUUUUAAGUUGUAUUUUUGGACAAAGUUUAGAAAGUGAUUUGAGUGGAAAAAGUAUAUAGAGCAGGGUUUUGCUGAGCUGAUCUGUAUUGGUGGAUUAAAAGAUUCACUGAGUGUUCGAUGGGAAUUUUCGAAGAAAUGGGUUUCUCUGGUAAUUUUGAAUUUGUUUCAGCUCCUCCACGGGAAGCAGAUGAGGCUUUAGAACAUGAAACAGAACCAGUGGGAGAGGAGGAUUAUAGUGAUGAAGAGAUGGAUGUUGACGAGCUUGAGAGAAGGAUGUGGAGAGAUCGAAUGCUUUUGAGGCGGCUCAAGGAGCAAAAUAAGGGAAAGCAAGGAGUUGACAAUGCAAAGCAGCGUCAGUCCCAAGAGCAAGCAAGGAGGAAGAAAAUGUCAAGAGCACAAGAUGGAAUUUUGAAGUACAUGUUGAAAAUGAUGGAAGUUUGUAAAGCUCAAGGUUUUGUGUAUGGAAUCAUUCCUGAGAAGGGAAAACCAGUUAGUGGUGCUUCAGAUAAUCUCCGUGCUUGGUGGAAGGAAAAAGUAAGGUUUGAUCGCAAUGGCCCAGCUGCAAUUUCUAAGUACCAGGCAGAUCACUCAAUCCCCGGUCAGAACGAGGAAUGCAUUGCUGUUGCAUCCACUCCUCACACCUUGCAGGAGCUCCAAGACACUACUCUUGGCUCACUUCUGUCAGCAUUGAUGCAGCACUGUGAUCCCCCACAGAGGCGUUUCCCACUGGAAAAAGGCAUCGCCCCUCCUUGGUGGCCCGAUGGUAAUGAAGAUUGGUGGCCUCAGUUGGGUCUACCUAAAGACCAGGGGUCUCCUCCAUACAAGAAACCUCAUGAUUUGAAGAAGGCUUGGAAGGUUGGGGUCCUCACAGCUGUGAUCAAGCAUAUGUCUCCUGACAUUGCAAAGAUUCGGAAGCUUGUUCGUCAGUCUAAAUGCUUGCAGGAUAAAAUGACUGCUAAGGAGAGUGCUACUUGGCUGGCCAUUAUAAACCAGGAAGAAUGUGUAGCCCGCAAAAUGUAUCCUGAUAGAUGCCCACCUAUGUCAGGUAGUGGCAAUGGAUCUUUUGUGAUUAGUGACACCAGUGAUUAUGAUGUUGAAGGGGUGAAUUUCGAACCUAAUGUUGAAGUAGAGGAAUGCAAGCCCCGUGAUGUCAGUUUCUUCAAUAUGGGUGCUGUUGCAGGGAGAGAUGCACAUCUGAUGCAACCACCAGUGAUUCCUAAAAUUAAGGGAGAACUGGUAGAAAUGAGCUCGGAUUUUGUUCAAAAGAGGAAGCCUCUGGCUGAAGAGUCACAGUCCCAGAUGAGGGUGGAUCAUAAAAUUUACACAUGCGAAAACCUGCAAUGUCCAUAUCAUAAUUACCGACUUGGAUUCCUUGAUAGGACAUCAAGAAACAAUCACCAAAUGAACUGCCCCUACCGCUCUAAUACUUCUUCACAAGCUUUCGGGAUGUCAAGCUUUCAAAUCAGCAAUGACAAACCAGCAGCAUUUUCCAUGCCUCAGUCCCAACCUAAGCCUCAUCCUCCUCCUGCUGCACCAAUGAACCAAGCAACUCAAUUGAAUGUUUCAGGGCUUGGUCUUCCUGAAGAUGGACAGAAGAUGAUUUCUGAGCUCAUGUCAUUCUAUGACACAAAUAUUUCACCCCCACAGACCAAAAACUUGAACUCCGGAAAUUUUAGUGCUACUGAUAGCCAUAUCCCUUCACAGCAAAAUUACCAGUUUCAAAUGGAGGAUAACUUUUAUAAUCAGGGUGUUAUGGGAAGCAACACAUCUGAGCAAGCCAAUGUAUCAUCUUCUCCCCAUGUUGGUUUUCCAAUGUCAGAAGCUCAGUUCGAUAAUCAGUGCAAGGCAUUUGAUUCUUCAUUUGACAACAAUCCAACUGACAACAUUGUGGACUUGAGAUUCAGCUCUCCUUUUCACUUACCACCGGUGGAGUAUACGGUGGAUCCACUGCCAAAGCAAGACUCGCUCUGGUUCCUCUGAAUGCAGAACUUGAUCUUAGCCUUUCUUGACAUGCCUUCAUAGGCAAGUGGUGUAAAUUGCAUAGGGGAAGCUCAUCGGGAAGUUCGUAUUUUCUUAGCCAUCGUCGUGUUUGGAACUUUCUCGGUUUCUUAGUUUAGUUCUUUGUUCAACCUCUUAGAUAAAUACUAAGUCCUGAACUGGGUUGCUUUACUGCAACUUCAUCUUCUCCAAGAGUGAUAGAUUAUGUAGUCUCUUUUCCAGAAGUACUCAAGUGGGGGCUAAUAAGGGACUGGAAAAGAAAGAACCAGUCCAACAUUGGCCACUGUUGAUUAAAUGUAAGAUUUAACUUUGGCCUGUUUUAAAGUAUUUACAGAUACGUGUCUCUUAUUCAUGCAAUGGUUCUAGAUUUUUAUCUAUGCUGAAAAACUACCUAGUUCUUGUAAAUAUUAUAAAUCUUCAUUCUGGUCUUAAAA